UGUCUCUCUCUCUGUGUAGGACUCGGAGGGUGUGGCCAUCAUGCUGGGCGUGUGCAGUAGUGGUCUCCUGGUCUACAGAGACCGGCUGAGGAUCAACAGAUUCGCGUGGCCAAAGAUCCUGAAGAUUUCGUACAAGAGGAACAACUUCUACAUCAAGAUCCGCCCUGGGGAGUUUGACCAGUUUGAGUCCACCAUUGGCUUCAAGCUGCUGAACCACCGAUCAGCAAAGCGUCUCUGGAAGGUCUGCGUGGAACAUCACUCCUUUUUCAGGUUGAUGUCUCCAGAGGAGACCCCCAAGAAGUUCCUGUCUCUGGGGUCUAAGUUCCGUUACAGCGGUCGGACUCAGAUCCAGAGUCGCAGAGCGAGUGCUCAGAUUUCCAGACCGGCACCCCAGAUCCCCCGGACCAUCAGCAGGAGGAACGUCCUAAGCCGGAGCCUGGACGGAGCUCCGAUGACCACGCCCAGGUGUUCUCUGAUUGGCUCUCCAGCCAUCACAGCGUCCCCUAAAGCCAACGGUGCUACUCACACAGAUAUGGGUUCGGGGCUGUAUGGAGCUUCUAAAGCCAUCGCGAUCAGUAAUCUAAUCCCCACGGUAACGCCUGAGAGGAUGAUGGACGAGAGAAAGGCGGAGAAAGUGGAGGAGGUGCAGCAGGAGGAGGAGAGGAAGGAGGAAGAUGAAGAGGAGGAGACCAGAGAGACAGAGAUGUCUCAGCAGAGUCCUCCUACUCCUCAGAAGCAGGACACCAAGACUGAGUUGACUGACACGGCGUUGGACGGGGAGCUGACGCCCACCGAGUCUGAUCAGGAUGAAGACUUGAAAACUCAGGAGACGCUGGGCAGUCCCGAGGACCCAACGCCCCAGAGCUCCAUCAGCGCUCUCAGACGCUCCUUCCUGGAAGACGCAGGAGGCGGGGGGGGGGUGACGGAGUGGGACAGACGUCUCGCCGCCUCGCCGCUACGACGGCUCGACGACUCGCCGAUGAUCGAACCGCUGGAACCAGACCAGGAGGGCGGGAUCACAAACAGGGCUCCUCCUCCUCAGCCAAUGACAGAGAAGAACUAUGCUGUGGGGCGGAGCUACGACACCGCCUCUGGAAAGGUCAUCACCGUGAUGAUUGCAGAUAACCUGCAGCAGCGCGUCAUCCCUCUGUCCACCGCUGAUGAUGUCAUCACCAGGGGACCGCUGAUCACAAUCCAGGAGGUGAAGACGCCCACCUCACCGUUGGAGCCGCCGCCCGGCACCUGGGGCGUCAGCGGUGACGUCAUUGGCGGGGGAGGAGCCUCCAGGAGUGUCAGCGGUGACGUCAUUGGUGGGGGAGGAGCCUCCCUUCCUCCUAAACUUGCUCUGGAUGAGCUGAGGCUAAGCCCCACCCCCUCAGCAGGUCACCUGACUGGCAGGAAGUCGCCCGUCUCACCCCAAGUGCCUAAACCCACAUUUGAUGAGAUGUCUCCUGAGUUGACUGCUCUGCUGAACUCGGCCAGAGAACAACAGACCAUCAGAGAACUCAACCUGCUGAAGACGUCGGAGACGGAGACGCUCUUCCUGUUGACGGAGCCAUGUGACCCUGACCAGGACGUCCCGGUGAUGAGGAAGACACUUACCUACGAAGCUCCCGGGGCGGUCUCUGAUGCUCCGGCAGGUUUGCUGCUCAGUUCUCAGACCUUCACGGCAGAAACCUCCAACACCACGACCACCACGCACAUCACCAAGACAGUGAAAGGAGGAAUUUCAGAAACCAGAAUCGAGAAAAGAAUCGUGAUUUCUGGAGACACAGAAAUAGACCAUGACCAGGCCUUGGCGGCGGCUCUCAGUGAGGCGCGGCGGCAGCAUCCGGAGCUCUCGGUCACACGAGUCGUCGUCCAUAAAGAAACCGAAGUGUCUCCUGAUCAUGUGAUUGAUUAGUGACAUCACAGGACUGAGCCCAGGACAACCUGCUGCAUUCUGGGAGAUGUAGUCCAGACAUCAGCCAACUGUUGAUAGAGGUUUCGGCGACACCCAGUGGACAAUAAAGGAACGGAAGAUUUACACACACACACACACACACACACACACAGAAACAAACACACACACAGCUACACACACCGACACACACACACACACACACACACACACAGACAAACACCUGUAUGGUGUAUCAGGACCUACCAAACUUCACCUGCUGCUUCUUUAACUUCCUCUUUAAACAAGCCCCCCCUCCACACACACACACAUACACUUACACAGCUGCCAUCUGAUUGGUUGUAGGUAUAUUUAACCCUGACUGUGGGACAGCAGCUUUACUUAAUCGGCUUCUUUUUUUAUUUUAGAGACAUUAACGACCAGUUUGUUUAUUGUUUAAUUUAAUGACCGACUGCAAUUCCUUAUUUAAUUAGUUUCUGUGAAUAACAAGCGGCCCAGACAGCUUCCUUGAGGAACUCCACACAAAGCGAAUAACAAGGGGCCCAGACAACUUCCCUGAGGAACUCCACAGCUGAUUGGCUGCUGGGUUUUACAUCAGAGGCACUGAAGAACACUUCCUGUUUUCUGUCUGAAAUGUAAAUCAGCAUGAAUGCUAGCACUGUAACCGCUCACUGUAUAGCAGCGAAAAAUCUGUAUUUACCCACAAUGCAAUAGUAAUUUGCCAUUACAAUAGAAACCUUUGUUUUGAAUUGUUUUAUUCACCUGUUGAUGUGUAAUUCAUUAUUUGUGUCUUAAAUGUCUAUUUAUUUAUUUAUUGUUGUGUGAAUGUACUCCCAAAUUGACCACGCCCCUGGUAGCCAACCUUGGUAACCACGCCCCUGGUGGCCCACCAUGUGACGAACACCAGUAGACACGCCCCUAUAACCACGCCCACUUGUAGCCACGUUCACAGAACGUGUUUUCCUACAG